CGGCGAAGGAGAAAGGUAACCCUAGACUUUCUAUUUUCUGAUUGCGUUGUUGUCGAGAAAACUCAGCGAAAAGAUUGGUUUUUCUGCACAAUUUCCAUUUCCGAACAGCAUAAUUAAUAGAGCAGUCAGCACUUAGCGAGGAUUUGCACAAGAAGCAGCAGCAGCAGUAGCGAGGCAGAAAAUCGAAGAGACCCCGCGAUGGCCGAAGUGGAGAAACCGACGGCGGCCACGCCCCCGACCGACAUCCCCCAGGCCACGCCUCCCAUCGCAAGCGAGGUGGCCGUAACGCCCACAGCGGAUGCCGCCGGGGAUGUUGAGCCGGGCACCUCGCCCACUCAGGAACCCAACUCCAAUUCGCAUCCGCACGACUCGGAGUACGACACGGCCAGCGAUCUGGAGGGAGGAGAGGAUUACGACGACGAGGAGAGUGCCAGCGGAAGCGCAAGUGGCAGUGGAAGCGAAGAGGAGUCGGAGACCGACGACGAGGACGAGGAGGUGGGCAGCGAAUCGGAGGAUGCCGAGGGGGAGCAGGCAAUGGACCGCUCCGUCGCCGACAGCGAGGCCCAGAAGAAGGUGGACGAGGACCGUAGCAAUCCCCAGUACAUCCCCAAGCGGGGCACUUUCUACGAACACGACGACCGAACGGCGGAGAACGAGGGCGAGGUGCUGAUCGAACCGGAGAACGGUGCUGGCCAGGCACCGACGGAGCCAAAUGGCGAUCUCAACGGACUGGCGGCCGCCGGAGCAACGCCCACUGGCCAAACGCCCCAGAUCUCACAGGCCUCCAAGACCAUGCGCAAGUGGCAGCCAGCGUCGGGCGGCGAUCGCUGGUCACACGAUCGCUUUGAGGCCGCGGAUCAGGGGCCCAAAUCCCGGGCAGAGCUGUUGCAGACCUACGGCUACGAUAUAAGGAACGAGGACGCACCGCCUCGGGCCCGACGCCGCCGUCGAUAUACCCGCGGUCCGAGCAAGUACUCAAGGAACUGGGAGGACGAACAGGCCUAUCUAAAGGCCAGCAAUAAGGAGCGAAAACCGCCACGUCCACAAGACUUCCCGGCCCUCAAUGAGCGGAAGCCACGAGGGCCAAGAACAUCCUCGUCGCGCGAGGAGAAGGAGAACCGACGCUCGAUCGGUGGCGGAGCUUUGGUGGCCGAGAAGCAGCAGCCCUUGGCCAGUGGCUCGAAUCCGCACAGAUCGCAGGAGCGGGAACGCGAGCGUGAAAGGGAGCGGGAGCGGGAGCGUGAGCGGGAUCGCGAGCCCAAGAACCGCAACUUUGGGCGGAUGAACGGCGGCCCAGGACGUCAGAAUGGCAUAGAGUUCAAGAAGAACAACCGCGGACAGCAGCCACGUGAGCGUGAGAGGGGACCCGACCAACUGGACAAUCGCAACCAGAAGCAGACCACUCCACGCUCCAACCAGCAACAGCCGCAGCAGCAGCAGCAGCAGCAGCCUCAGCACCUGCAGCAGCCACAGCAGCAGCGACAGCCGCCCCAGCAACAACAGACCGCGCAGACGCCGCUCUCCACGACCAACCUGUCGCAACGCCUGCAGCAGGUGCAGCAGCGCAACGAUCCCAGCCAUGUGGGCAGUGUCCAGAUGCACUCGCUGGCCAGCCAGAGUCAGGCGCCACAACAGCACCAGGAGCAACGAAACGCGCCCAAGCGCUACUCCAGCUUACGACGUUCCCAGCAGGAGGCCUCCCAACACCUGGCGGAUCAGCAGCAGGCCCGCUAUCCCCAGCAACAGUCUAGUCUGGAACAGCAAAUCGGAUUGUGUCACCAGCAACAACAACAGCCGCAGCAAUCGCAGAUCAUGAUCCAGGACCCACACAUGCUGAUGCAGAUUGCCUACCAACAGCAGGAGCUGCAGGCACAGCUACAGACCAUGCAACUGGGACCCACUGCAGCAGGAGCAGUGCCAGCGCCACCAAAACCACAUGCCCCGUCGGCCGCCGCAUAUCCACAGGCCCAGGCGGCACCGUAUUACGUGACCGGGACGGAGCCAGUGCCCGUGGCGGUGCCCCAGGCACCCUACGUAAAUUCGGCCAGUGCCGCCUAUUUGCCUCCCACUCCAGCUGCCGUGGCCUACGCCCAGGCAGCGCCUUCGGUGGUGCCGCAACCCACACCGCCGCCCGCCCAGGCUCCGCCCGCAGCGCAGCCCGCCCAGCCGUAUCAGAACUACAACACGGUGGGCGGCACCACCUACUUUGUGCCGCCGGCCCAAACCGCCAGCCGACCAGCUGCCCUGCCCCAGCGUCGUCCCACGAACGCCAUCCCCAUCCUGCCGCCCUCCGAGAAGCACAAGGGCAAGGGCGGGGCCAAGGAGGAGGGCAUAUCGGACAACAUCGAUCACAUCAUCGACAACAUGUUUGUGCAGCGACCUUCGGCCUUCCAGGCCACCGGCGAGGGCGCCGCACCGGGAGGAGGAGGAUCGAAGGACGAGGCAGGGGCCACUCCACCGGCUGCCGAGCAGAACCUCCAGCCGGUGCCGGCCACUGGGCAGGAAUGAGUGCAGGCGUACGCCGGCUUGCCGCCACAGCAGCAGCAGCAGAGACGAGGUCAAAGGAUCGCUCCGCCUCCCUCCGCCGGCUACUCAAUGCUGCCGCCGCACGCUGGCUACUACCGACCUCCGCCCCCGCCACACUAGGUGAACGAACCAGCUCCAAACUCAGCUCAUCUGAUUUUUUUUUCCCCCAUUCUGUCCUCGGGUCUGCGACUCGGCGUGUUGCAUUGAAAUGUAGAAACGCAGUAAGAACCAUUUGUAAUUAGCAUUUAGCUCUCAGAUAAUCGAACUUACUAACGAAAGCUUUUCGUAUAUAGAACGAGUAUAUAUAUUAUGUAAUCCGGCGCAAGCUCCAAUUAAUUUUUACGUAGUUUCUAGGGCCAGCUGCAGCGCUCGCUUUUUAAGUCGAAAGUCAAAAAGUGUUGAACGUAUUCAAGCGGCUAGGCGCUUAGCUUAUUUAGCCGCAUUUUAGAGUUGAAACAAGAAUUACCGAGAGAAAUGUAUUUGCCUAAACUAAUCGAACAUUGAAUUUAAAUAAACGUUUAACACGAA